AUGGAGUUUCCUACAAAUGGUCAAGAUUAUGAGGAACAGGAACGUCAGAAAAUGUAUUUUCUAAAUAAUGUGGUUUAUACGUGGCAAAAGCAUAGGAAAAGAAUAGAAGAAGAACUACGCAUCCAUGAAGAGAUUAGAACAAAAGAUAACGAAGUUUCGAGGCCUAAGAUUCAAAGGGUUCCAGAUUAUAUGGGAGGACGGGAAGAGUUUAGAAGAUUCUACUUACCUAAUCUCAUUUCAAUUGGUCCAAUUCAUUGUUUUAAACCUUAUGUGGAGCAAGGUUAUCGAUACAAGAAACUAUGGACUGCAAUGUAUAUUAGGGACACCAAUCAAACCUUCGAUGAUUUAAUUAAAAGAAUUUACUUUUCCCUACGCGAUAUUCAUGAGCGGAACUCUUACGCACCAGGCUCAUGGCCAGAGGAUCCCCCUCAGGAACACGAUUUCACGAGUACAUGGUGGUGGCAAGGACUUGUUUUAAUGGAGGAUGGAUGUUCGGUACUUCAAGUGUUGGACAAAUCUGUGGAUUCUGAUAAUCCAGAAAAAGAACUCAUGAUUAGCACUGACAAGCUGGUGCGGGUCCAUCAAGAUCUGCUCCUCUUGGAGAACCAAAUUCCCUUCCAAUUGUUCAAGCUCAUAUGCGACGAGGAUAGAGCGAGGCUAAAGAGAUGCAUGCGCAAGUUCCUUAUAAUUCAUGGUAUUGAGGAGGCAUUCAGAAGAACUGAUGGUGAUGGGGAGCACAAUAUAACAAUAGUCCAAGACCAUGAACAAGAAGAAGAACCAUUUCAUCUUUUAGACUAUCUGCGGAGGGCACUCCUCAGAAGGGACAAAACGCAAAUCCAUAAAGAAAUCAAAUCGAAGACUAAGAAGCGGAAAUCGCUGCAUCUCAGAAAAUACAGGAUUGGGACCGUGCGGGAGCUGAGGGCAGCAGGGAUUCGAGUAACCAAAAGUCCCAAUAGCACCUCUUUCUACCCCAUUUUCACUGCCGAUGGAAAACUACAACUUCCCGAGAUCACUGUGGACGGCUCAACAGCUAUUAUGUUCUUGAAUCUGAUAGCGUACGAGAUGUGCCCAGACUUUGUCAACGACUUCGAGAUCAGCUCAUUCUUAGUGAUUCUCAGCUCUCUCAUUGACCAGCCAGAGGAUGUGAAGGAGUUAAGGAGUGCUGGCAUACUUCGCAACGAACUUGCCAGUGAUAAAGAGGUGGCAGAUCUCUUUAAUAAGAUGGAUGUGGUGAUGGUGCCCGAGACCGAUGCAUAUGCUCGAAUCAGAGACCAAAUUGAAGAGCAUUUUGUGUCGAGGCGUGGGAAGAUCAAAAUGUUGGGUUGGAUGGGAGAGGCUUACAAUAACUACUUCCGAUCACCAUGGACAGUCAUUGCCUUGUUGGCUGCCAUUCUUGGUCUUACUCUCACUUUUAUUCAGACAUGGUUUGCCAUCCACCCUAAAGGUAAUUAA